CUUCGAUGACGGUACACCACCAGAAGAUGCUUGGAGAAGAAAAUUAAGUAGUCAGGCUAAUAGACUGAAGGAGUUCAAUGUUACGUUCAGAGAAGCAUUUAAAAUGAUGAAGCUUGGUCUCCGGCUUUGGUCAUAUGUUCGAGAAGAAGCUUCUCAUGGAAGGAAAGCACCGAUUGAUCCAUUCACGAGGGAGAGCAGGAAACCAUCAGCCUCACAAGGAGUACCCCUUGGUGGGAUGGGGACUGGUAGCAUAUCAAGAGGUUUUAGAGGGGAGUUCAAACAUUGGCAGAUAACCCCUGGUUCAUGUGAUAUGUCACCAGUGAUGGAUAACCAAUUUUCGGUAACUGAGACCUUUUACCUUGCUAAAACAUGCUAUAUCCUUAAAGAUUUAGCUUUUUCUCAGUUUCAUUAUUUUUCCUUGCUUCUAAUACAUAUUGUUAUGGAUCCAAAUAUUGAACAAUAUUAA